AUGGGGGACGAAACACCAAAGAACUUUGAUAAGGACUUUUUCUAUGAUUAUGAAACCAUCAGAAAGGGGGGGCUGAUCUUUGCAGCUGUUGUCUUCUGUUUGGGCAUUGCGAUCAUUUUCGGCAAAAGACUCACCUGUGGAAGCAAACGGGCCGCCAAGCCUGUGAACAUGGAUGAACUUUGAAUCUGAGGUUUUGGUGCUAGCAGGUGUUGAUGUCGCCACUGAUAAAGAUCCCAUGACAACCAAAAGCAGAAAACCACAAAACAUCCUCAUUUUAAAAACAUUUAGGUCA